GGAACUGUGGUCAUCACCACGUUGAGAGAACACGAAACCUGUUCAUGUUGAGGAUGGAAGCUCAUGUACUGCUGUUUCAAAACGGCUUCGUCCCUGAAUGGCAGUCCGCGACUGGCCGAUAAUUUAUUCAUCGAAAUGGCAUCGGUGUAUGUGUUUCAGGCAGAUAAUUAUAAAAGUGCGGCCAGGAUAAUGCAGUCUAGCGCAUCGGUUACCCUGUCAAUAAAAGGAAUGUUUGUGAUAGCGGCAGAGAUGUCACCACCUACACCUCCAUCAGUCUUCCUUGGACGGAGUAGCAAAGUCGGCAUUUACAACGUCGUGUCUGGUAACUCUAUCCUUCAGAAGUUGUUGUAUCGUAUUCGGGUCAAGACCAAUGUCAUUAGACAGAGAUAAGCGGAGUGCAAGUUUGUUUGGUUGACAAAUCCCUCGAGCUGUACAUCGCCGAAUACCCGUCGCAUAAGAAUGUAGGGCACCCAGCCGAAUGAAGCUUACUUCGUCUAGGAGUCAAUAAUGACAGACCUUUCAGCUAUCAGAGAUGAUGGGGCAAGCCCUUAUGACUCCCUCGCGCGGGCAAAAGCGAUCCUCAGGGAGACCACCGAGCGGGCAAUGCUGGAGAGUCGGCGGAUUGAGAAGCAGCGCGGACUCCAGCGGUCCAUGCUGGAGUACACGGAGCACGCCAGGAAGCUUCGCCGUGCCCACUUGGAGCUGGCAGCCAGGGCAGGCGGAGUCAGGGAGCCGACGGUCGCUACCAGUAAUCGACUCCAGGCGGCGCUGAGCUACAAGCCGCGCAAGGGCCGGUCACCUUUACGGACCAGCGAUGACGACCUGAGGAGACUCUACGGGAGCCUGACCGAUGCCGACAAGAAGGCCUUGGAGGAUCGAUACCUCCCCGAAAUCUUGCAGUCCGGGACAGGUUUGAACAGAUCGACGGGAAAACGACCGGGGAAACAGCGGGGAGAAGGGACUGACUUCUGGGACAUCGUCCAGAAAGACGGUACCGUGAAGAGGGUCGUUAUCCUUCGGACAGAUGAUCAGUUUGACCGCUUGCAACACUGUAAAACCCAACGCCACUCGCACAGUAAUGACGCUUCAGUUAAGGCCAACAAACAAAAACCAGGCGGGUUUAUAAGUUACAGGAGCGACGAUGUGAAUGCCAAAGCAUCAGCAGCAACCACGGAUGCCGUAACUCUAACAGAAACGCCACUAAUAUGCGAUACUGAAGGAGACAGUAGUGGCGUUGGUGGCGCUGCGUAUCAUCCUGGAAUACUCCCAAGACCUCGACCCGUGCCACAAAUCCCAACGGCUCCAACGCAGAAAGUCCAGAUCAACAUAUCCCUUCCGCGAGUAGAACUCGAUACGCCGAGUCCAGAGCCAGUGCAACCCAUGGGGAAUGUUGAGGAGGAGAACGCACUGGCCGGUCAAAAGACUGUUUGCCUGAAACAUGGAUUGGACAUGGAGUAUUGCAAGAAAUGUGUGCAUCCUGUGGGCUCUUUGCCAUCAACCAAAAAUCCUUACACAACACCCGAACCUUUAAAACGACUCAAGAUUCCAAGCCUCACAUAUCCGAUUGAGCAGCCAAUAAGAAUCGAGGAAACCGAGAAGACGCAGAAUACUGUGUCUCAUAAACCACUUGACCAGCGUGAGAGAAAAACUGCAGGCACUGAAGUAACGCAGAGUAUGAUAGGACUGGACAGUGAUCUUGCUUACCAUCGGGGUUUUACGGUGAACGCGAGCGUUCAGUCCUUACCCUCACGGAUGGAAGGGAUUCUGAAGAAAGCCAUGAGCUCGAUCCAGCGUGAUCCGGGCCACGGCCCGAGUGUGAGUUCGGACUCGCCACGACUGGCCGAGCCGGCGUCAUCGUCCGGCACCCGGACCGGCCCCACCUGCAGACACGGCCACAUUGUGUCUAACUGCAAGACGUGCCGCACAGUGGAGGAAAUCCAAAGGCGGCUGAAGACAGACGACUUCAGGAGGGAAAUGAGACAGUCCUUCCACUGGGACCUGCAAGCGGGAACUGCCCUGAGCAAGUCAUCACGCUGGAGAAGUCAAAGAGGAAAAUCCAACCUCGUACCCCAUCUGAGGGAAAUAGCGACUCGUAAGAAACAAACCAGCACCGCACGCGCACGGCGCGCGAAAUUCAUUGCCAAGACGCAGCCUUCAAAGAGCGUAAAUAUUAAAGAAUCGACGGCUCGGACUAGCGUCAACAGCAUCCUAAAGGCGAGCACAGAAAGUCUGAGACAGAAGAAAUCUGUGCGUUUUUACCGGGACGACAUUUACCAUCCAAUGACGGGCUAUCAUCUCUCGUCAAGAGACUCGGGUAAUGCUGUGUCUGCGUCGUGAGUUUUCACUCAAGAACUAUAAAUGGUUCAUAAAGAUUGUGGUUUACAUUAGCCUUUCUGAAGCGUGGCGGGCACAAUAACACCAAAAUCUGUUCUCUUUAACACCACAGUUUUCGCAGUUUAUAGGAGGGCGCUAUUUAAAAUGGUUAAGUUUGGAGUAAACACAGCAAAUUUUGCCCAAACCAAACAGCUCCCCCCUGUUGUGUCCGUCACCCCUCAAAUAGGCUAAUGGCGAUAUGUUAGAAGAAUAUGCCCUAAAUAGGCUUCGUUUGAAUCACUUGAUUUGAAAUCACGAACGAGUCCAUGGUUGCGGCUGCACAGCACAGUAUUUUGGGAAGAACGAGUACUAUUCUUGAAUGGGAUGACAGGUUAAACAUUUUGACAAUCAUUGACACAAAUAGAUAGUAUUGCAAAUAUAGAAAAUGCUGAUGGCAGAACUAAGUUUAUUUGUUGCAUUGAAUCUCCAUUCCAUUUGACAAUAUUUUCCAUCAAACACCGUGCAAGUGCAAGACCCAUUCCCCAUUAUGUAUAAUGAACUCUGGAAAUGUAAUAUCCUUGUGUCUGUCCCUUCAUUCUGACGUUCUGUGACACUAAAAUCGUUUUUCAUGCGUAUGAGUGAAGCAAAGUAGCAUAAAAAUGACAUUAUUUCCGAUCAAACAACAAGUAAAAAUUGACACAUUUUUUCGAAAUCUGUAUAAGCCAUAGAAAAAUAAACACAAACAAAAUUAGAAGAGAACUAGAUAUGGAUUCUAUGAACUUAUGAGAACCUUUCAUACCAUAACCCAAAGGAAUAUUUGGUGCAUUUUCUAAGCUUUGUGUGACAUACUCAUGAGUCAUGACGUUACUUUUAAGUUUUCAAAUCGAUCAAAGUCGUGGUUUACUGAGAAACAAAGAUUUACACUCACAAAUUCACCAAAUGAUAAUACACAGAUCAACCACCACUCAUUAUGCGCACCACAUUCAAGCAUUGAUUUUACAAGUGAUAUGUUUAUUUUAAAUCGUCGGCGUAUGUUUAGACCAAGUCAAGUACGCACUUCAAGUUCAUGAACACCUCAGGUUGACCACCUGUAAGCAAUACUGCCCUCAUGACCGAGGUGUCUUACACUCAUGAGGCGAUCAUAGUCGUGCUAAUACAAUUAUUGCACAAUCGUUCUUUAACCAUUCAUUUUACCCCCAAAAAUGUGAUACGCGGAAGGCAGUGAUGUUGUUCCAUUUUUUUCUCAAAAUGACCCAAGCCCCU